AUGUCUGUUAUCUUAGCUUCUGCUGGAUAUGAUCAUACUAUACGGUUCUGGGAAGCUUUGACUGGUGUCUGUUCAAGAACUAUCCAACACGCAGACUCACAGGUGAAUAGGCUGGAGAUCACAAGUGAUAAGAGGUUUUUAGCAGCUGCUGGUCAUUUGAAUGUGAGAUUAUAUGAUAUAAGGACCACUAAUCCUAAUCCUGUCACGUCGUUUGAAGGCCAUACAAAUAAUGUCACUUCAAUAGCAUUCCAAUCAGAUAACAAAUGGAUGGUUUCAUCUUCUGAAGAUGGGACUGUGAAAGUAUGGGACGUACGUGCACCUUCUGUACAGAGGAACUAUAAACAUAAUUGUCCUGUUAAUGAAGUUGUUAUUCAUCCCAAUCAAGGGGAAUUAAUUAGUUGUGAUCAAGAUGGGAACGUUAGAAUAUGGGAUUUAGGUGAAAAUCAAUGUACUCAUCAAUUGAUUCCAGAAGAUGAUGUUCCUGUGAAUUCUGUUUCUGUGGCAAGUGAUGGCUCAAUGCUUGUUGCUGGUAAUAAUAAAGGGAAUUGUUAUGUAUGGAGUAUGACAAAUCAAAAAGAUUCAACUUCUUUAGCUCCAGUGACAAAAUUUAGAUCUCGUUCCAAAUAUAUAACAAGAGUGGUAUUAAGUUCAGAUGUAAGACAUUUAUCAACUUGUUCAGCUGAUCAUACUGCCAGAAUAUGGAAUGUUGAGGAUAAUUUUUCAUUAGAAACCACGUUACAAGGCCAUCAACGUUGGGUUUGGGAUAGUGCUUUCAGUGCUGAUUCUGCUUAUUUGGUGACUGCUUGCUCGGACCAUUAUGUUCGUCUAUGGGAUCUUUCCACAAGUGAAACUGUUCGUCAAUAUAAUGGUCAUCAUAAAGGUGCUGUUUGUGUAGCAUUAAAUGAUGUGUGA